UUAAAAAUUUGACCAUGCCAAAAUCAAAGAGGACUGAAGCAGAAAAAUUACGAAUAUUUUUGAAUGAGCAUCAGGAUGUCUUCAAGACAGAUGGCAGAGUUCUUUUCUGCAAAGCAUGCAACAAAGCAAUAAGUCAUACAACAAAAUUUCUGGUAGAACAACAUUUAAGAAGCCAGAAACACAUAGAUAUGCAUAGCCGAAGCGUUCAAAAGUCGUCGCAGUCAAUGCUGCCCAUUUCCGCAGCGCUUUCGCCAAAUAACUUUUGCAUGGAUUUAUGCGAAGCCUUUAUUGCUGCCGAUAUACCUCUAGGAAAGCUAAACAACCCACAUCUAAACACUUUUUUAAAGAAAUACACAAGCGAAAGGAUUCCCUCGGAGUCAGCGUUGAGAAAGACUUACAUAGAUAAAUUAUACGCUAAACAGUUAGAACGAAUAAAAUCUGCGUUGAAAGGAAAUUUUUUGUGGGUGUCAGUAGAUGAAACAACUGAUAUCCAGGGUAGGUUCGUCGCGAAUGUUAUUGUUGGGGUUCUGCAUCAAGAUCCGCAAUUAAGCGAGAAAAAAUUUUUGCUUAAUGUUGCAGAACUGGAGAGAACCAAUUACGCUUCUAUUGCUCGUACCUUUAAUGAUUCGUUGAAAUUACUGGGAGACGAUUUCGAAAAGAAUAAAAUACGGCUUUUUUUAUCUGACGCUGCUCCUUACAUGGUUAAGGCAGCAAAAAGUUUAAACAUAUUUUACCCAAAGCUUUUGCAUGUUACAUGUUUGGCUCACGCAAUCCAUCGGGUUGCAGAAGAGAUACGAAGUAACUUUAAAGACAUUGACUUGCUAGUGUGUAGCGGCAAAAGAUAAAAUUUCCUGAUGUACCUCUUCCGCCAGAACCCAUUAUUACCAGAUGGGGAACAUGGCUGGACGCAACUGGAUAUUACGUAAAGUAUUUUGAAGAGUUUUCAGAAGUGGUCAACGAAUUCGACGCCAGAGAGUCGCUUUCGAUUAAGAAAGUUCAAGAAACUCUACAGUCAAGCUCAAUUAAAUCUCAGUUGCUUUUUAUUCAUUCAAAUUACGGAUUUUUAAGCGAAACCAUUACAAAGUUGGAAAGAAAGAAUUCACUUAAAACACAAAUAAGUUUGAUAAUCGAUGCACAGAAGAAGAUUAAUGCUAUAGAAGGUAAUAUCGCACAGUUAAUUAAAAAUAAAUUAGAAUUUGUUUUUGGAGAAAAAUCAAGGAUUU